AAUAUUCUUUUUUAAGGCUUUUAAAAUCCCUUCCUACUGCAUUGCCAAAUAGCUGCGUUGCAAAUAUACAGUGUCAAAAGUCAAACAAAUUAAGGGGGAAAUGUCAAAAGGUUAACAGGGUGAAGAUAUUGUGACUCGGAGAGAAAGGGGAAUAAACGAGCCGUUUUGAAUGCAGCAUUUCUAAAACUGCGCAGUUCAGGGACCGUGGAGUUCAUCACAAAUCUCGCUCCAGAGACCUAAAAUGAUCAGCUGUACAACUGGGAAGAAACGACUCAUGAGCAAACAGGGAUUUGGGGCGCCAGAUUACAGAAGGGCUGUCCUCAGCUGGCACUCUGCUUACCUGCAGAUGUCUGCUGCACUAAGUCUGCGUCUGUUGCACUGCUACUCGAAGAAAGGCACAUUUGGACAUGGUUCUGGUGCUAUGCGCACACUUAGCAUUAGGGCACCGAGAGAGGGCUACAAGUAUGUAAAUGCCCAGGAGCAGCCAACUGACCUGAGGUCCAUCACUGACCGGGCUGCAACAACCCUCUUAUGGACUGAGCUUUUCAGAGGUUUGGCAAUGACCAUGAGCUACCUGUUCCGUGAGCCUGCCACCAUCAACUACCCGUUUGAGAAAGGUCCGCUGUCACCACGGUUUCGUGGCGAGCACGCCCUCCGCCGGUACCCCAAUGGAGAGGAGCGCUGCAUUGCUUGUAAGCUGUGUGAAGCCAUCUGCCCUGCUCAGGCCAUUACCAUUGAAGCUGAGACUCGAGCCGAUGGCAGCAGGAGAACUACGCGUUACGAUAUCGAUAUGACGAAGUGCAUCUAUUGUGGUUUCUGUCAGGAAGCCUGUCCUGUUGACGCCAUUGUUGAGGGGCCAAACUUUGAAUAUGCUACAGAGACUCAUGAGGAGCUGCUGUACAACAAAGAGAAGCUGCUCAACAAUGGAGACCGAUGGGAGGCUGAGAUAGCAGCCAACAUACAGGCUGAUUAUCUUUACAGAUGAAUUGCGUCAUCAGUAACAAACAUUUCAACAUAUAUAUGCAAUAAAAGAAAUAGCUACAUGUAGCCUUACUGAUGCAAAAGUGAAUUAGGGGUAAGCACUGAAGCCAUGCUGCAGAUACGCACGAAAUUAUUCACUGCUAGGUGAAAAAUAUCAUGUUAUUUUACUGACUUACUUUUAGCUGUGACUAUGGCUCAUAAUUUUAGUGUAUCCAUGAGCUUAUAACAAACACUUUGUUAAACUGCCACUUUAAUCAAACAAAGUGGCAGUUUCAAGACAUUACAUGGAGGAUGGUAACUGUGGGAUAAAGUCUUUUGGACAUUUCUUGCCAGAGCUAAGUUUUUAUGGAAAAAAUGUCAGUUAACACAUUUGGGGUGUCAGCUUGCCUUUUAUAACUGAUUCACACUAUUUAUGAUGAAUUCAUCAUCUUAUCCACUCGUCUUCUUAAUAUAAUGCUUUCAUCACUCUGAAUCAGGGUCAAGUUGGACUCAUUAAACCACGUGAAUUGAUGCCAUUGUUUCAGAUUAUAAUCCUGCUUUCUAUUAAGCUGACGUAAGCUGUUUUCCACUGUUAACUUUAUUGAAUGUUCUUUAUUUCUUGCGGCUGUUUAUACAGUUGUUUAGUUCAAUUAAUUGGAGCAGUAUCCACAUUAACGUUUAACUUGACGUAAAGAAUGCAAAUUCUUUACUUAAUUGUUAAUUAAUUGGUUUAUUGCAUUUAUUUAAAUAUCUAUUUAUUUAUGAAGCGUGUCACAGUUUAUCAGCAUCUUACCAGAUUCUUAUAAUGAAUUGGACAUUCCUUAUCCCAAGGGUUUAAGGCUGUUGAAAGUGAGCCCUGAUUCCAUGGGCAACCUUUGGAAUAAUUUUGCAUGGCCCUCGAUCACUCUUCAAGAGUAGCACCACUGGUACUAACACAAGCAAGUGAUGCGAACGGACACUUUCAAAACUUGUUUAUGGCGAGAUCUACGCUGACAAGUUCAAAUCUUUUUAAAAUGGAAAAGUUAAAUAAAACAAACUCUAUGUUUGUGUUUUAUU